CCCAACCGCCUCACUCUUCAUUUCGCUCACUUAGUCUUUCUUUGUGACUAGUCUAUGGGAAGAGGUACGUUUACUUUACUGUUAGACAGUAAACUAAAAUGGGUGUUUUCCGAUUUUUGUCAAGCGAUAUAAAUUAAAUUGAAUUUAAUUUCUAAAUUAAAUCUAAUUGAAUUGCUGGAUUAAGUUUCACAGUUUUACAUUUGCAUUUAUUGUUUCCGAGUGAAGCACGUUGUCUCUGUCAAGUAAGUGACAUUCAAUUUCCUUUUUUGCCCAUUUGGAGACGGUGAUGGUUGGAUGAGGAAUUCAACUGAGUUGUGUAUCCCAGUUGUGUAUUGAGUGAGUGGAUUCAGGAUCCCUGCCACAGCAACUCAGGGACAGCCGCACAUGGUUUGUGGUUAUUUCCUCUCAGCCAUGUGUGCUUACACCUCGUUGGUUGUAAUAGAGGAAACACGUGGUCAUUACAGAAUUGAGAAACUUUUUAAAACAAAAGAAAUGUAGCUUGCAGAUGUACACAAGUGUGAACUAAAAUGCAUGGAGCCUGUCAAAGGAGUCAAAAAACAAUCCAUCAAUCAAUUAUUGUCUGAUCAAUCAAUGUACAUAACGUACAUAACAGAUUCAGUUGUUUAUGAAUUACAAAUCUCUAGGGAGCAGGUGUCCCUCCAAAUAUGUCAAUUGAGUUUUCACACCUUCAACAAACACGUCCCUUUGUGGCAACUCCUCCUUUCACACCUCUUGUACUGUGUUUACUGCAACUGUUUUUGCAAAAAGGUGUAAAAGGUUACGUUGAUGUAACUUUUUAUUUGACUAGCACAGAGGAAAGUGAUGAAUUAAUUAUACACAGCUGAACAACAUAAUAUCAUGCAACAGUAAUGGCCCCCUAACCAAAACAUACAAUACAAGUUCUAGGGGGAACACUUUAAUAUAAUUUGUUCUUGUAAUUUAUGAAAUUUGACAUCUCUUUUUCACUCUUUGUAAGUUCAUAUUUACUGUAGUUGCAGUAUCAUGGCAAAUAAAGAGAAACACAAUGAUAACUGCUAUAUCUGUCUUUGUGUUUGUUAGAGACAAUCCGGCUACCAACACCACAAAUCCCACCAUGCCCCUGAAUUCCAACACCACUCGACUGGACAACGCCACACUGUCCCUGUUCCAGAACCAUCAGGCCAGUGUCGCAAUCUCUAUCGUCUACAUACUUGUCACUAUAGUCAACGUGACAGGAAAUGGCCUAUCCAUGUGGCUCCUCCUCUUCCGCACCUCUCCCAAGACUCCGUCCAUCAUCUUCAUGAUCAACUUGACCCUGACAGACCUGUCAUUGGGGACCACCCUGCCCUUCCAGAUCUUCUAUCAGCUAAAUCAUUAUAACUGGACUCUGAGCCCUGGCCUAUGCAGGUUCCUGACGCUGGGCUUCUUUGCCAACAUGUAUUGUUCCAUCCUGACGAUGACGGCCAUUAGUGUGGACCGCUAUCUUGGCAUUGUUCGGCCCAUGCUUUUCCGCCAGAUCCGAAAGAGGAAAUCAGUGGCUGUGAUAGGCUGCAUCUUCAUGUGGGGCGUGGUUCUGUCAGUUCUGUUCCCACUGAUGAAAACGGACCUGACAUUCUACGUUCCAGAACUGGAUAUCACCACCUGCUUUGAUGUGCUGAAGAAGGACAUGCUCCCAUCCUUAAAGGCCUGGGCAGCUUUCCUCUUCUGCAUUGUGGUUAUCCUGUUCCUUAUCCCGUUCAUCAUCACAUCUUUCUGCUACAUUAGCGUGAUUGGGAAACUGGACCGGAACACCAAAACGGCGCAAAAGGGAAAAGCUAAACGUCUUGCCGUCACUGUCCUCCUGGUCUUCACCCUCUUUUUCGCCCCUAACAACAUUCUUCUACUAGCCCACACAGUUGCCAGGAUCUUCUUUGAUAGUUCCUUCUACAUGGCCUACAAACUUUCUCUGUCUCUCAGCUGUCUCAACAGCUGUGUGGAUCCCUUCAUCUACUACUUUGCAUCUAAGGAGUUCCGUCAGAAGUUGAGACGCAUGUUGAGGUUGAGGAGUCUGAGUAGCGGGGAGACUGGGCGGUCAGAGCCAUACAAGGAGAGCAUGUUGUCAACGCAGUACCCUUCUGGGGAACAGGAAGGAGAGAACAGCAGAGUUUGUUACGUUCAACGUAAAGACCUAACCAGUAGAUGUGAAGAGUGACAGUGAGAGCGAGAGAUGUAAAAUAUUGCAACUCUUGAAUAGGUUAAACUCACCCCUCAAUACCACCACCUGCCCCACCAAAUUGCUAGCUAUUCAUUGGUGUGGCUGGCUAAAUUAUGUUUAUAAAAGGUGGUCAUUGAGUGAAUCAGGGGGACCCUAAUUUGAGACCUGGAGUGGGCAAGUGAGGGACUGACACCAGUUACACAACAUCCCUUGAGGUUGGAGUUUUUGUGAUCAUUUUAUUCAUUUGUAUUUAGUACUGUAUAUUGGCAACAUAUUCAUUAGUGUUUUGAGAAAGAAACAUUGUUAAAUGAUCAAGCAUUUAUUAAUAUAUUAAUAAGCGCCAUGAUCUGAUGAUAUAGUAUUGCUCACUUAUAUUUUAUAAAGCAGAAUUUUGUAUAGGCCAAUUUUGUAAAGGUGUAUGGUUGCAUUAUGUAGUUUGUCAAUAAAAUGCGCGUUAAACUAUCAGAACAGAGAAUGGGAACCUUUGAAGGCUGUUUCACCUUCUUGCUUGAAUUUGGUUUGGUAAGACUGACAAUGGUAAAGGUAUAUGGGAGCAUCUGCCCGUGAAGCAACGCCGUAAUCAUAAUAUAGCCUAUAUCACCCCCCAAUAUUCAAAUCUGGUCAAAAUGUUCCCCCCAAUAUAUUGAUAUAAAAAUAUAAAUGUGCUACGCUACGACAGGCAACCACGCACGCUGUCCGAAAUUACUGCAUUGCCGUGAAGAACAUCUUGAAGAGGAGCACUUUAGAGCAAAUUGUCUAUUUGUCCUAUUCUCACAAAGAGUAAGAAAAAUUGCCGAAAUAUGUAUACAUAUAUUUUUCUUACAUGAUAUAUAAAUAUAUAACGCCGAGACAUCUCUACUGCCGAUCUCUAAAACUCGGUAUCUCACACCAGAAUCAAUACAACAUAAAUUAGAACUAGGCCUGUUUGAUUUGGGGGUAAAUUGUUAGCCUGGUCCUAACCAGACUCUCGUACAUUUCAUUUGUACAUAGUGUGGCCUAUCUCCAUUGACAAGCGUUGA